UGGAAACGUCCCCUGGCCGCCGGGGCCCCGCGGCUCCCGGUCCGGGGACAGGAGAGGGUGGCCUUUUCAGCAUUUCCAGGUUCUUCUGACUGUGACUGUGGUGUGAGCUGAUUAAGGGCUGUCUGGACAAAGCUGAAGACACAACCUGUGACUCCUCAACAUAUCAUCGCCUGAGAAAACAACCCUGCGCAGGAGCAGGACCAGGACAAAAUGGCUGCUUCUCAGGGCCCGCUGACCUUCAGGGAUGUGGCCGUAGACUUCUCUCAGGAGGAGUGGGAAUGCCUGGACCCCGCUCAGCGGACAUUGUACCUGGAUGUGAUGUUGGAGAACUACAGAAACCUGGUCUCCCUGGGUGAGGAUGACUUCCUUCCAGGGUUCCUCCUCCAGCCGCUGGCCAUGUCAUCUGAAGACAACCAGGACUUUUUGCGAAAGCCAGGGAUACAACAUUUAUUUCCUGAAAUAAUACUGAGUACAUCUUAUGGAUAUAGCAGUUAUCAGUGGAAUGAACAUUGGAAAAAUCUUAAGCAUGAGUCAGAUCCUAGUGAUAAUCAACUUAAUCAGCUUCCAGAGAAACAUUAUAAAAGUGGGAAAGUCUUUGACCAAAUAUCAAGUCACAAUAUACUUCAGGUUAUUCAUAUUAUGGAGAAGAUAAACAAACAAAGUAAAUCUGUCAAAUCUUUGAAGCAUUCUUCAAAUUAUACUAAACAAGAGAAUAUUCAUACUGGGAAGGAGGCUUACAAAUGGAAUCCAUAUGGGACAGUCUUCAAUCAAAUAUUAAGUGUAAGUAGACUGAAAAAAAUCUAUACUGCAAGAAAAUCUCAUACAAGUAAAGAUAAUGGUAAAACAUCUCAUUGGUAUUCAGGUUUUAUUCUAAAUCAGAGAAUUCGUAUGGGAGAGAAGACUUACAAAUGUAAAGCAUGUGGCAAAGUCUUUAAAUGGCAAUCAUGUCUUACUGUACAUGAGAAAAUUCAUACAAGGGCAAAACUGUACAAAUGCAGAGAAUGUGGAAAAUGCUUUAGUCAGUCCUCAAAAUAUACUCAACAUAAGAGAAUUCAUACUGGAGAGAAAUCUUAUAAAUGUUCAGAAUGUGGCAAAGCCUUUAGUUGCCAUUCAAAAUGUACUGAACAUCAGAGAGUUCAUACUGGAGAGAAACCAUACAAGUGUAGAGAAUGUGGCAAAGCUUUUAGCCGGUCCUCAAGCCUUACUGAACAUCAGAGAAUUCAUACUGGAGAGAAGCCAUAUAUAUGUAUACAUUGUGGCAAAGCCUUUAGCCGGUCCUCAACCCUUACUGAACAUCAGAGAAUUCAUACUGGAGAGAAAUCUUAUAAAUGUUCAGAAUGUGACAAAGCCUUUAGUUGCCCUUCAAAAUUUACUCAACAUCAGAGAGUUCAUACUGGAGAGAAACCAUACAAGUGUAGAGAAUGUGGCAAAGCUUUUAGCCGGUCCUCAAGCCUUACUGAACAUCAGAGAAUUCAUACUGGAGAGAAGCCAUAUAAAUGUAUACAGUGUGGCAAAGCCUUUAGCCGGUCCUCAAUUCUUACUGAACAUCAGAAAAUUCAUACUGGAGAGAAAUCUUAUAAAUGUUCAGAAUGCGGCAAAGCCUUUAUCUGCCAUUCUAAUCUUAUUAGACAUCAGAGAGUUCAUACUGGAGAGAAGCCAUAUAAAUGUAGAGAAUGUGGUAAAGCCUUCCGUGAUUCCUCAAAGCUUAUAGUCCAUCAAAGAAUUCAUACUGGAGAGAAGCCAUAUAAAUGUAGAGAAUGUGGCAAAGCUUUUAGCCGAUCCUCAAACCUUACUGUCCAUCAUAGAAUUCAUACUGCAAAAAUACCUUACGUAUGUAUAGAAUGUGGCAGAGUCUUUAGACAUUUCAAAACCCUUACUAAUCAUCAGCGUAGUCAUACUGAAGAUAAGUCUUAUAAAUGUGGAGAAUGUGGCAAAGCCUUCAGGCGGUCUUAUAGACUUAAAGACCAUCAGAGAAUUCAUACUGGAGAGAGACCUUAUACAUGUAGGCAUUGUGGCAGAGCCUUCAGCCAGUCCUCACACCUUACUGUCCAUCAGAGAAUUCAUACAGGAGAGAAGCCUUACCAAUGUAGAGUGUGUGACAAAACCUUUGGGCGAUCCUCAAAACUUACUGACCAUCAGACAAUUCAUACUGGAGAGAAGCCAUAUAGAUGUAUAGAAUGUGGCAAAGUCUUUAGCCAGUCCUCAGCCCUUUCUCGACAUCGGCGUGUUCAUACUGGAGAAAAGCCUUAUAAAUGUAGAAAAUGUGGCAAAGCAUUCAUCAACUCCUCUAAGCUUACUAUACAUCGAAGAAUUCAUACUGGAGAGAAGCCUUAUUAAUGUAGAGUAUGUGGCAAAGCCUUUAACCAGUCCUCAAACCUCACUGUCCACCAGAGAAUACACACUGGAGAGAGACCUUACAAAUGCAUAAAAUGUGGCAAAACUUUUAGCCAGUUAUCUGGUCUUACUUAUCAUCAGAGUUCAUACUGGAGAGAAGUCUUAUCAAUAUGGAAAAUAUGACAAAGCCUUUAACCAGGCCUCCUGCCUUAAUGUGCAUUAGAGUUCAUACAUGGGAGAAUUAUGUAAGGAGUGUGGUGGUCCUUUCGUGGCACUGGGAACAUACUCAACAAUACAGAAUUCACAAUUGGAAGAAGGCUCAUGAAUAUGAAUAAUACUAAGCCAUUCGUGUCUUAAUGUUCAUGAAAGAAUUCAUGAGUAAUGUUCAUGAGAGAGACUCUACAGAUGUAGGACUGUGCUAAAGCCUCUCAUUGGCAGUGGAAUCAAAGACAUCAGGUAAUUUGUUCUCAACAGAAGCCUAACAAAUGUGGAAAAUGUGGCAAAGCCUUUAUCUGCCCCUCAGAGAUUACUAAACAUCAAAAUUCACA